AUGGUGCAGCAAGGAGAUGAUACGUAUAGAAUGCUGAUUUUGGUGGAGGAGCCCCUUGAGGACGAUGUUCCUACUACGGAGGUAACGUCGGAGGACGGCUCCCAGCCGAUCAAGUCUACGCACGAAUAUAUAGACGAGUUGCAUCUGCCGUUUGGGCUGGACGAACUGGACGCAUUGAACGAGUGGUUUGACAAGUUUGACGAAGAGAUUUGCAUACCGAAUGAGGGCCAUAUCAAGUACGAAAUUAGCAGCGAUGGGCUCAUCGUGCUAAUGCUUGGUAAAGAAAUAGAACACGUUUACGAACAGAUCAAGAGUUUUAUAGAAACGCACCAGUGA